GGAAAACGUCUCUAGAAAGUACCCAAACAUGUACUAUAUAUACUGUAUUUACCACGCAGAGCUAGAAUGUCAAGAUAAACCACACAACUGAAGCUCCGCAUGAUGCAUCCCAGUGCAAACUACUGCUACUAUGGCAAGCCCAUGGGCUUCUUUUAUAACAACAGCAACCACACCAUAAAGGACUGGGAUUCCAACCAGCUCAUUGUUGUCCAGUGCUUUGGCUCCUUUUUCUGCCUCUUCAUUUUUGUGUCCAAUGCGAUGGUCAUUGCAGCAGUGAUCACCAACAAGAGAUUCCAUUAUCCUUUCUAUUAUUUGCUAGCCAACUUGGCAGCAUCAGAUUUCUUAGCUGGAAUAGCUUAUGUGUAUCUUAUGUUCAACACAGGAGCAGUAUCCAAGGAGCUCACUGUACAGCUCUAUUUCUUCCGCCAGGGUCUACUCGACACCAGUCUUUCAGCUUCUUUGGCCAACUUGCUAGCAAUUGCCUUGGAGCGAUACAUCUCUGUAAUGAAACUAAAAGUACUCAGAAACCUCACAAAACGGCGUGUGACAUUCUUAAUAGUGCUGGUGUGGGCAGUUUCCAUUACCAUGGGUGCUGUGCCAAGUCUGGGCUGGAACUGCAUAUGCAGCCUUGAGGACUGCUCCACUCUGGCACCUAUCUUCAGCAGAAGCUAUCUGACCACAUGGUCAGUGUCCAACCUUUUCGUCUUCCUAAUCAUGGUGGUAAUUUAUACGCGAAUAUACUUAUAUGUCAAGAGGAAAACAUCCAUCUUGUCCUCCCACACCAGGGGAUCUAUAAAUCGAAAGAGAACACCCAUGAAGCUCAUAAAGACUGUGAUGACAGUGCUAGGUGUGUUUGUGAUUUGCUGGACACCUGGACUUGUGGUUCUGCUACUGGAUGGUCUGAACUGCAAGCAGUGCAAACUUUUGGGCUUCAAACGCUGGUUCUUGCUGCUAGCUGUACUCAACUCUGUCCUGAAUCCCAUCAUUUAUUCCUACAAGGAUGAGGAAAUGUGGAUGACCUUCAAGAACAUGAUCCGUUGUGUUUGCACAGGCACCAGGAGACAGAGGUCCUCUAGAGCCAACUCCAAAGCUCUGAACUCUAGUCUGGACAUCAGCAUCCGUGCCACAGAGGAUGGUAAGAUCAAUACUGAGGAAUGUAAGAUCACUGCUGAGGAAGGUAACAUUGCCACCCAAGAAGAACUCAAGGAAUGAUCUGUCUCCUGAAGGACAGGAGAACGUUGUGAACUGUACUUUGUGCAUGGACAGAAUGCCAUCUGAAUUAAACCAGUUUCAUAGGUAUAAGGAAAUGGAUCCUCAAAUUUGUCCAGGUGCUUGCCUAGUAUGCUCAAUGAGAGUCUGUAUAUACCUGACUUUCCCUGCAUUUUGGAUUUGGGUUUACACACAUUGUUCAUUAGUAACUGCUGUUACAAAAUGUACCAUAUAAAUACCUGAUUUUCUUUUCUAGACAUGUUGCCUCCUGCAGACUCCUGUGCACUGUGAUACUCCUGUGUAGUGUGUUAUUACAGUGACGUCACUGAUUUAAAGAUUUAAGUUUAUCUUGAAUCACUAACUAUAAAGAGGAAUUUGAGAGCAAAUACUUCCUUGAUUAUAAAGAACUUAAUAGAAAUUUGUGUACAGUAUGUCAUAUGCAGAUUUUUAAAAGUUUCAUAACAAAAUUGUUAAUUGUAAAACACAGUAUACUGUACAGUACAUUCAUAAAUAUGAUUAUGAUAUGAUAUGACAUUAUGCAUAUAAAUGGAUGCUUCUUAACAGCUAUUCUUUUCCUUUAUUACACUUUAGGUUGUUUCUAAUGUUUGCUGUGUUUUACCACUAAUUUUAUUGCUGUCUGUUUUCAUGGAAAGAAAAACAAGUUUCAUUAGUUGCAUUUCAGUUAUCACCCACAGACGCAUUCAAACGAUCAGGCUAUUUUUAAUUUAUUUUAUUCACUUCAGAUUAACUCCAGCAUAGCAAUUUUGGAUUCAGUGAAAAAAAAAUUAAAGGUAUGUUUUUUUAUAAAGCAUAGUGAAAAUUGGUACUGUAAAAGUGUUUGAAGGUCAAGACUGGACUACUGGGAACCUGAAAGUAAUCUACAGUGGAUGUAAGAAAUCUAUAAGGCUUGUAUAAAUCUAAGACCUGCAAUACAUUUUGUAUCCAAGCUUCACUCUUACACUUAAAAAUGAUUUAACACUUCAGCAGAAAGUGGGCAUACGAAGUAAUUAUCAUGAGUAAUAAGUAAUGAAAAUGUAGUGUUAAUAGAAUUUUACCUUUCAGUGGAAUAACCUAAGCCAGUGGUUCUCAAACUGUGGUACGCGUACCUGCAGUGGUACGUGGCGUGCCGCCAGGUGGUACGCCAA